UCACACAUUUACACCUGCAGCGGUGGCCGAGCUGACACCUGCGAGACUGCACGCAGAGAGGAGGGUGAAAGUGCAUCCAGGAAGGUGAAGAUUCUCGGAGCCCCGGGCAGGGAGCGGAGAAGAGAAACAAAAUCUCCAAGAACACGGAAGACUGUUGAACCGGACCGGAGGCUUACACCAGGACCAACUGUGGGAGUGUGUGUCCUCCCGCCGCCGGGAUCAAGGACAGCAUGCUUCCAACAAGUCUCAAGACAUUGGUGCUCCUGGGCGCUCUGUUGACUGGACCCCUGGGUCCAGCAGGUGGCCAGGAUGCACCCUCACUGCCCUGGGAAGUGCAGCGCUACGACGGCUGGUUUAAUAAUCUCAAGUACCACCAGCGCGGUGCAGCCGGCUCGCAGCUGCGUCGCCUAGUACCUGCUAAUUACGCUGACGGUGUUUAUCAGGCUCUGCAGGAGCCACUACUGCCCAACCCUCGCCUGCUGAGCGACGCUGUCAGUAAGGGCAAAGCAGGGCUGCCCUCGGCGCACAACCGCACAGUGCUGGGGCUCUUCUUUGGCUAUCACGUGCUCUCAGACCUGGUGAGUGUGGAAACACCAGGCUGCCCCGCAGAGUUCCUCAACAUUUACAUCCCACGUGGGGACCCAGUGUUUGACCCUGACAAGCGCGGGAACGUGGUGCUGCCCUUUCAGAGGAGCCGCUGGGACCGCAGCACUGGACAGAGCCCUAGCAACCCCCGGGACCUGACCAACCAGGUGACUGGCUGGCUAGAUGGCAGCGCCAUCUAUGGCUCCUCUCAUUCCUGGAGCGACACUCUGAGGAGCUUCUCUGGAGGACAGCUGGCUUCUGGCCCUGACCCUGCUUUCCCGCGGAACUCCCAGAACUCUCUGCUCAUGUGGAUGGCACCAGACCCCGCCACGGGGCAGGGCGGGCCACAGGGGCUGUAUGCCUUCGGGGCCCAGCGCGGGAACAGGGAGCCCUUUCUGCAGGCACUGGGCUUGUUGUGGUUUCGCUACCACAACCUGUGUGCCAAGAGGCUGGCGCAGGAGCACCCACACUGGGGGGAUGAGGAGCUGUUCCAGCAUGCUCGCAAGAGGGUCAUUGCCACUUACCAGAACAUUGCUCUAUACCAAUGGUUGCCCAGCUUCCUGCAGAAAACACCCCCAGAGUAUUCGGGGUACCGCCCUUUCACGGACCCCAGCAUCUCCCCAGAGUUCGUGGCGGCCUCAGAGCAGUUCCUCUCUACCAUGGUGCCCCCUGGGGUCUACAUGAGAAACUCCAGCUGUCACUUCCGGGAAUUCCCAAAGGAAGGUUCCAGCAGCUCUCCAGCUCUCAGAGUCUGCAACAACUACUGGAUUCGGGAGAACCCCAGUCUGAAGACUGCUCAGGACGUGGACCAGCUGCUUCUGGGAAUGGCUUCCCAGAUUUCAGAGCUGGAGGACAGGAUAGUGAUUGAAGAUCUGAGAGAUUACUGGCCUGGCCCAGACAGAUACUCUCGCACAGACUACGUGGCUAGCAGUAUCCAGAGUGGCCGAGAUAUGGGGCUGCCCAGUUAUAGCCAGGCUCUGCAGGCCUUAGGACUGGAGCCUCCCAAGAACUGGAGUGCUCUCAACCCCAAAGUGGAUCCCCAGGUGCUGGAGGCCACAGCUGCUCUGUACAACCAGGACCUGUCCCGGUUGGAACUAUUCCUGGGCGGGCUCCUGGAGAGCCAUGGGGACCCUGGACCUCUAUUCAGCAACAUCAUUCUUGACCAGUUUGUAAGGCUCCGGGAUGGUGAUCGCUACUGGUUUGAGAACACUAGGAAUGGGCUGUUCUCCAAGGAGGAGAUUGCAGAAAUCAGGAACACCACCUUGCGGGAUGUACUGGUAGCUGUCUCCAGUGUGGACCCCAGUGCCUUGCAGCCCAAUGUUUUCUUCUGGCAAGAAGGUGCACCCUGCCCACAGCCUCAGCAACUCACAACUGAAGGCUUGCCCCAGUGUGUGCCUGUUACUGUGAUUGACUACUUUGAGGGCAGUGGUGCUGGCUAUGGUGUCACCCUCCUGGCUGUCUGCUGCUUUCCAGUAGUGAGUCUGAUUAUUGCUUGGGUGGUGGCUCGUUUCCGGAAGCGAGAACGCAAGAUGCUACUAAAGAAAGGCAAGGAGAGUCUAAAGAAACAAACAGCCAGUGAUGGAGUACCAGCGAUGGAGUGGCCAGGCCCCAAGGAGAGCAGCUACCCAGUCACUGUCCAGCUGCUUCCAGACAGGAGUCUGAAGGUCCUUGACAAAAGGCUCAAUGUGCUCCGUACCAUCCAACUGCAGCCCACACAGCAGGUCAACCUCAUCCUGUCCAGCAGCCAUGGACGCCGCACCCUGCUGCUCAAGAUCCCCAAGGAGUACGACCUGGUGCUGAUGUUUAACUCUGAAGAGGACCGGGAUGCCUUCGUGCAGCUGUUGCAAGACCUCUGCGUCUGCUCCACUCCCGGCCUCCGCAUAGCUGAGAUGGAUGAGAAGGAGUUACUGAGAAAGGCUGUGACCAAGCAGCAGCGGGCAGGCAUCUUGGAGAUCUUCUUCAGACAGCUUUUUGCUCAGGUGCUGGACAUCAAUCAGGCCGACGCAGGGACUCUGCCUCUGGACUCAUCCCAGCAAGUACGAGAGGCUCUGACCUGCGAGCUGAGCAGAGCGGAGUUUGCGGACUCCCUGGGCCUCAAACCCCAGGAUAUGUUUGUGGAGUCCAUGUUUUCUCUGGCCGACAAGGAUGGCAAUGGCUACAUAUCCUUCCGGGAGUUCCUGGACAUCUUGGUGGUCUUCAUGAAAGGUUCCCCACAGGACAAGUCGCGCCUAAUGUUUACCAUGUAUGACCUGGAUGGAAAUGGCUUUCUCUCCAAGGAGGAAUUCUUCACCAUGAUGCGGUCCUUCAUCGAGAUCUCCAACAACUGCCUGUCCAAGGACCAGCUGGCUGAGGUGGUGGAGUCCAUGUUCCGGGAGUCGGGCUUCCAGGACAAGGAGGAGCUGACCUGGGAGGACUUCCAUUUCAUGCUGCGCGACCAUGACAGCGAUCUCCGAUUCACACAGCUCUGUGUCAAAGGUGGGGCUGGAGGCACCGGGGACAUCUUUAAGCAAAGCAAUGCCUGUCGAGUCUCAUUCCUCACCCGGACUCCUGGGAACAGGGUAAUGGCUCCCUCUCCCCGGCUAUACACGGAAGCAUUGCAGGAGAAAAUGCAGAGGGGCUUCCUGGCCCAGAAGCUCAAGCAGUUCAAGCGGUUUGUGGAAAACUACCGGCGCCACAUCGUGUGUGUUACAAUCUUCUCAGCCAUCUGCGUAGGCCUGUUUGCAGACCGUGCCUACUACUAUGGCUUUGCCUCGCCACCCACGGACAUUGAAGAAACCACCUACGUGGGCAUCAUCCUGUCCCGGGGCACGGCGGCCAGCAUCUCCUUUAUGUUCUCCUACAUCCUGCUCACCAUGUGCCGCAACCUCAUCACCUUCCUGCGGGAGACCUUCCUCAACCGCUACAUUCCCUUCGAUGCCGCUGUGGACUUCCACCGCUGGAUCGCCAUGGCUGCGGUUGUCCUCGCUGUUGUGCACAGUCUUGGACAUGCGGUCAACGUGUACAUCUUCUCAGUCAGUCCCCUCAGCCUGAUGACCUGCGUCUUCCCUAAUGUCUUUGUGAAUGAUGGGUCCAAGCUUCCCCCAAAGUACUACUGGUGGUUCUUCGAGACAGUUCCAGGUAUGACAGGAGUACUCCUGCUCCUGGUCCUGGCUAUCAUGUAUGUGUUUGCCUCCCACUACUUCCGCCGUCGCAGUUUCCGGGGCUUCUGGUUGACCCACCACCUCUAUGUUGUGCUUUAUGCCCUGAUCAUCAUCCAUGGCAGCUAUGCCCUCAUCCAAUUACCCAGCUUCCACAUCUACUUCCUGGUCCCCGCCAUUAUCUAUGUGGGGGACAAGCUGGUGAGCCUGAGCCGGAAGAAGGUGGAGAUCAGUGUGGUGAAGGCUGAGCUGCUGCCUUCAGGGGUGACCUAUCUGCAGUUCCAGCGGCCCAAGACUUUUGAGUACAAAUCCGGGCAGUGGGUGCGGAUCGCUUGCUUGAGUCUGGGAACCAAUGAGUACCACCCCUUCACGCUGACCUCCGCACCCCACGAGGACACACUCAGCCUGCACAUCCGGGCUGUGGGACCUUGGACCACUCGCCUCAGGGAGAUCUACUCACCCCCAGUGGGUGGCACCAGCGCCAGAUACCCAAAGCUGUACCUCGAUGGACCAUUCGGAGAGGGCCACCAGGAAUGGCACAAGUUUGAGGUGUCGGUGCUGGUAGGAGGGGGCAUUGGGGUCACCCCCUUUGCCUCCAUCCUCAAAGACCUGGUCUUCAAAUCGUCCAUGGGUACCCAGAUGCUAUGUAAGAAGAUCUACUUCAUCUGGGUGACAAGGACUCAGCGGCAGUUUGAGUGGCUGGCUGACAUCAUCCGGGAGGUGGAGGAGAAUGACAGCCGGGACCUGGUAUCUGUGCACAUCUAUAUCACUCAGCUGGCUGAGAAGUUUGACCUCAGGACCACCAUGCUGUACAUCUGUGAGAGGCACUUCCAGAAGGUGCUGAACAGGAGUCUGUUCACGGGCCUGCGCUCUGUCACCCACUUUGGUCGCCCUCCCUUUGAGCUCUUCUUAGACUCUCUGCAGGAGGUUCAUCCACAGGUACAUAAGAUUGGUGUGUUCAGCUGUGGUCCUCCAGGGAUGACCAAGAAUGUGGAGAAGGCCUGUCAGCUCAUCAACAGGCAGGACCGGGCCCACUUUGUGCAUCAUUAUGAGAACUUCUGAGCCUGCCCUCCUGGAUCCCUGUCCGGUCUGCUGCCCUCUGUCUUCUGUUACUGUCACUUGAGACCACAGUCAGGGAACUGGAGUCCCUCCCCUCACAGCAUCUAUGUUCUGGGCAGGUAGACAAGAUCAGUCCAAUACCUACCUCAUGACAUAGCAAGUUAUGGGAUGUCCAGCAAGGAGAGGAAAACCCCUAUUUCUGACAACUGUGGAUGGGAACAGAACACUGGGGGUCGCCUCUGACAGGUCUAUGUUUCUGUUUUGCCUUCACAAAACUGCUGUGUUGCUGUGGGUUUUUCUUGGGGGGAAUCAUUUGAGGAAAGCAGGACAAUCUCCUCUGAGUUUGUCUCAGAAACCACAUAUCAAAAACCUGCACAGCCCACCUGCCUCAACUCAGGCUCUGGGUGCCCCCUGCCCCAGCCUCUGCCCUGCACCUUCCUGCUCUGAGAGGGCCACAGAGCCAUAAGGCUGCCAGAGAACAGAUGCCCUGAGUUCCCAAUGUCAUCCAUGCUGUGACCCUUCAGUGAAUCCUCCUGUGAGCAUGAAGGUAUUCCCUGGGCCCCAAGGUCAAGACAGCAAUGGUCUCUCUUCCACACACUCCAAACCCCUCAACUCCUUUUCCCCAGAGGAGGCAAGACAGCUUUCUUGGGUUGUGCAGUGCCCUAAGGGAAUCGGCCGCCCAAUCGCAGCACAGAGAGAUGUCACCUCGACCUGUGAAGACCCCUUUCCUUCCUUCCCUGGAAUUUUACUAAAAGCUGAGCUGUAACAUAUGUAUAUUUGCAUAAAGUGUAUAAAUCUUACAGUAGCUACCAUCCUAGUCAAGAUGGAAAACAUUUCCACAUUCCCGUGACCCCAGAAGCUUCUCCUUCACGUAAACACAACCACUAACGUGACUUGUGUCACUGCGGUUUGGGUCAUAUGGAAUGCACUUUCGAUCUUGGCCUCCUUCUCAUCCCGUGAUGUUUUUGUGAUUCAUCCAGGCCAUUGUGUCUGUUGGACGUUUGUUCCUUUUUAUUGCUGAGAAGUCUUCCAUUACAGAGAUGAAUCUGUUUGUUUAGUCAUUCUGCUGGUAGGCAGCUGGGUUUGUUUCUGGGCUUGGCUGAUUGUAAAUAAAGUUGCUAUAAACAUU